AUCAUCAUAAUAAUACAUAAAUACAAAUAGUCUUCGUUCGUUAUUCUGUAGUGCUUACUAAAUUAAUUUCAAUAAUGAAAAGUGUAUUAUAAUUUUUUGCAACCAAGAUUAUUUGUCUGUAUACAAUAAUAAGUUUUCUGUUUGUGGAUUUUAAUUUUAUUGUACAAUGUCUUGGUUUAUGUCGACAGAAAGUGACGAAGAGGAUGAGAACCUUCUUUACAGUCCUGCAUUAAUGGCUCGGCGAGCCAGUGAAAGUUGGAUUGACUCGGCGCCAAUAGAGGAAGUUCCUUUUGAAGUUGCGUUGCAACGUAAAAAGAGUUUACCUGAUGUGCAGAUGGCUACUUAUGCACCAGCGCCAAUUACUAGGGAAGAAGUAUCUGUGUUGAGUUCUGCUAGAAGGGAAGAAAUUCGAAGAUUAGAAGAAGAAAACGAACGACUUCGUGCUAAUCCAUUGCUCUACUUAGUCAGUCCCCAUAUAAAAGAAUGGAUUACAAGACAGCAAUUGAUACUGACGAUAUUUUUUUUAAAUUUAACUUUAGCAUUGAUAUUUUUAAAAUUGUUAACAUCUUAGUGAAUUAAUAAUAUUAUCUGAUACGAGUUUUAUAUUAUUUUUUGAAAUAAACCAAUCUUAAGAUAAAAUUGCGUCGUAUUAAAAUAGUUGAAAAACAAAUUUUCUACAUUGUGACGUCUUUUUCGUAUUUAUGAUUUUUUAUGCAUGAUGUUUAAUAUGCUUAGUCUAAUCUACUGCCUUUUAAAUAUAAUGUACAAAAAAUAAGAGAGAGUUCACAAAUUUUUGAGAUUUGUCGAACACAGAUAUUUUGUUAACUUUAAAGGUUUACAUUUUUGAAAUAACUGAAUAAAAUCUAAUUUCAUUGAGUUUGUCUAGAUGAAAAAUUCCGAAGUAGGAGAUAAUAUCUACUAAAAUGAAUAAAAUAAUGUCAUAAAAUGAAUUCAUAUAUUAUAUAAACUAAUGUUAUUCUAAAUUUAAAAUAAAAUACUUUGAAUAUUAUUAUUUUUAUUUAAUUUUUAAUACUAAUUA